AUGGUGAGGUCACCCGCCGGUGUCAUCACCAACCAAUGGAAGUGCCCAAAACAAGCCCCAGAGAAACAUCUCGUCCACCCAACCUCUUGCGAGUUUGAUGACUACCUACCUGUUGUCGGCGGCGCGGUCGCCUACGCGCUCAUCCUGGUCGAUGUCAAGGUAGACCUUCGAGACGCCCAGGUCCGCGACCUCUCCGACGUCGCCUACGCCACCGGCGCCGGCAUGCGUGUCCGUGUAGCUACGCACCACGAGGCAGGGCAGUGCGACAUUGUGAUGAUCACUGCAGGGUCGAGAUAUGGGUUUGGUAAGGAAACAUUCCAAACCAAAAAAAAAAAGAACCAACCCGGUUUGUGUUCCUUUGUUAAACAAAUCAUAGGCGAAACCAGCAUCCAGCAUAUGCACCGCAACGCCUCGGCGAUCCGGAACGUGGUCAAGGCCAUGACGCCCUUCCGUUCAGACGCCAUCGUCCUCGUCGUCUCCAACCCGGUCGAUCUCCUCACCUCGAUUGCUCAAGAGCUUGCCGGGCUGCCCAAGUUCCAGGUCUUUGGCUCCGGGACGUUCCUCGAGUCGGUCCGGAUCCGGGGUUUGCUGGCGGAAAAGGCCGGGGUGGCCGCCAGCUCGAUCCAGCUGUUUGUUUUGGGCGUUCAUGGCGACGGUCAGGUGGUUGCUUGGUCGUCGGCGACCAUCAACGGCAUCCCCCUCGACAAGGUGCUCUCGCCCGACACGUCUGGACAUCAGGAGCUUGCAAAAGAGUGUAAAGAGAGAGCCGAGACCAUCUUCACGACCAAGGGGGCCACGCCGUUUGGGACUGGGUCUGUUGUGGCGAGUAUCUGCGCUUCGAUCCUCUUCGACAAGAGGGAGGUAAGACCCGUUAGCCAUUUCCAGCCGGAAUUCGAUUGCUGUUUCAGCCUGCCGGUGGUUCUGGGGAGGAAGGGGAUCAUGAAGACGAUUGAGAUGCCGCUGGGGAGUGACGAGAAUGCCGCCAUUGCUAGGUCUGCGCACCGGCUGAAGAGCACGAUAGAGCUUACGGAUAAGAAGUGA